UCAUCUACAUGUCACCAUCACCAUUGCCCCCUUCCUUCUCCAACGAUUCUUCCUUGUCUCAUCCAUCUCCUGUCCUCAUAUCCUCUCCUCCCCUUUGACUUCAACACUCCCGUUCCUCCUCUCCUCUUCUCACAUUCUUCUUCUUCUUCAACUAAUCCAUGGACAAUAACCAACCGCAAGAACCCACCACCAAUACUGUCAUCCCCAGUUCCGGUGAAUUGCCGGCAAGCCGCACCAACGCCGUCUCCGACCCCAUCCGAUCUCGAUGGACCCCGAAGCCCGAACAAAUCCUUAUACUUGAAUCCAUCUUCAACAGCGGCAUGGUGAAUCCUCCCCGAGAAGAAACAGUCCGAAUCCGAAAGCUUCUCGAGAAGUUCGGAUCAGUUGGGGAUGCUAAUGUCUUCUACUGGUUCCAAAACCGCCGGUCAAGAUCCCGCCGACGUCAAAGACAGUUGCAGGCUAGCCUGGCCGCUGCCAUAGCGGCCGCUACUUCUACUUAUGAGUCAACGGCAGCAUCUUGCUCGUCAUCGAGCUUAGAUGCUGCUUCGUUGACGUCUUCAUUUGGCUCUUCUCCUUCGUCGUCAUCGCCGCCGUCGUCCAUGGGUUCGGUCUGGUGUGAAAGUGCUGAUGAUCUGUUCUCCAUUUCACAACAAAUGGGCUUUGGUGAUAGUACUUCAUCUUCCAAUAGGUUCUACGAGCAUCAGCCUGGCACUGUAACUGUUUUCAUUAAUGAGAUCCUAACAGAGGUUCCAAGAGGACCGAUUGACAUUAGAAGCAUGUUUGGCCAUGAUGUGCUAAUAGUGCAUUCAUCUGGGGAGUUUCUUCCAGUUAAUGAGUAUGGAAUUCUAUUGCAGAGCUUGCAGAUGGGUGAAAGUUAUUACUUGAUUGCACGACCUAAUUAAAUAAUUAUUGAGGGAGUCCAAAAUGUAUUGAAAAAAGGGAGCAAGCCGCAAAAUAUAGUUAAAGAAAUGGGGAUGAUGAUCUGGUGGAGGACUGCGUAGCUUACAGGAAGCAGUGGAUGGAUGCAUAAGAGAAGCACAAAUGUCUAGCCCCUACGCCUUCACAUGUGCUCAUGCCGGAGCUACAAAUUUUAUGUAAUCUUGAUGUGACCAUUUU